AUGAUUGACUUCCUUUGUAUCUACCCCAUGUGCUUGGACGACCGGCGACGCAACACGAGAAUUGAACUGGGUACCGAUAUAUUGUCCUCUCACACGUAUCCAGCCUUGACAGGGAAUCCUGAUUCUUCGCAAAUGUUGUCGAAGUCUGACGACGUGCCAAAUUCCACGAAAAUUACGCCAGACAUUCCAGUUCUGGAACCUGUUCCUUGUAUCCCGUUAAAACGGACUUUCGACCAAAUAGAGUCGGCAAUGGAAGAAGGCUCAGAGUCCACCAGGCGAUUGUCGCCCACUUCUUCGAUUCCAGCGCCAAUAAUUCGUGCCUCUGGCUUGCCGGAUAUACCUGAACUCCCAUUACUGGACUCUGAGCUUGAAACAAAUAUCAAUCAUCGCAAAGAUAACACUGUCCCAUCGCCUGGGCUGGCCCCAAUUCCGGAGGAAAGCUCCGAGGACAGUGACGGGGAGGACCUAAACCCAUUGAUGCCUGGAUCAACCACCUCAUUCACAGAAAUUGAAUCGUCAACUUCAACGUGGGAUCUGUCGACACCGCAUUCUUUACCACCGGCCCCAAUGAACCCAACAAGCAUGCCCGUUGAAGUAAGUCAUGAUGGUCCCACUCGAUCAUCCACGGCAUCUCUACCUGUAAACUCUUUAUCCCCAGACAACAACAAUGAUGAUGGAGACACAUCAUCCGCAGCAUCAACAACCGAUGAUUCAGACUCAGUCUUCGACGAUGGACAAUCCGAAAACACAUCCAGUUACACAGCUUCAUUGCUAUCCGAUGUGAAAAACUAUGCCUACGAAAAUGGAAGGCGUUAUCAUUCAUAUCGCGAAGGCCACUACGUCCUUCCAAACGACGAACCAGAACAAGAUCGACAAGAUCUCCUCCAUCACGUCCGGAACCUCGUGCUAAACGGCUGCCUCUUCCGAGCGCCACUGGACAGUAAUAUAAAACGCGCUCUUGACAUUGGUACCGGAACCGGAAUCUGGGCCAUCGACUUCGCAGACAGCUUUCCCAGUGCCGAGGUAACAGGCACAGAUCUAAGUCCUAUCCAGCCGUCAUGGGUCCCACCUAACCUUCGCUUUGUGGUCGACGACGCCGAAUCCCAAUGGCUGUACAGCCCAAGUCGGCCCUUUGACUUCAUCCAUGCCCGCGAUCUGGGCGGUGCUAUCGCCGACUGGCCGCGGCUGAUGCGCCAGAGCUACGAACAUCUGCGGCCAGGUGGAUGGAUUGAGUUGCAGGAGUUUGAGGUCAUGCUCAGGUCGGACGAUGAUUCGAUGCGUCUUGCGCCGGCGUUGUGCGAGUUUCUUGAUCGACUGACUCAGGCUAGCGAGGCAUUUCACCGACCUAUGAAUAUCGCCGAAGGCCACCGGCAGCGGCUGGUUGAGGCUGGUUUUGAAGAUGUUCGAGAUGAGGUGUACAAGGUUCCAUCGAGUGUUUGGGCUAGGGAUCCCGUGCAAAAGGAGAUUGGUCGGUACAACCAAUGCUCCCUUCUCAUGGCGGUUGAAUCCUACUCGCUAGCUCUUUUCACUCGUGUGCUGGGAUGGUCGAAUAAUGAUACUCAGGUAUUCCUAGCAGGUGUGCGCAAAGAUCUCAAGAAUCCCGCGGUGCAUACGUACUGCAAGCUGCAUGUCGUUUACGGUCGGAAGCCGUCUUAG